AUGGCCGCCAACGGUAAUCUCUCCAACCAGCCCCUGGACCUGAUGGUCCUGGGCUUGAACAGUGGCACAUCAAUGGAUGGAAUUGAUUGCGCUCUGUGCCAUUUCCGACAGGAGACUCCCGAAUCUCCCAUGCAUUUUGAACUGGUUAAGUACGGAGAAAUCCCUCUCGAGCAGACAAUCAAGAAGCGUGUUAUGAACAUCAUCCUUCACAAUAAGACUUCCCCCUCGGAGCUAUCGGAAGUCAACGUUAUUCUGGGAGAGACAUUUGCGGCCGCUGUCAAGCAGUUCUGCCAGGACUACAACGUGGACAUCUCGACCAUCGAUGUCCUAGGAUCUCACGGUCAGACCAUUUGGCUCCUUUCCAUGCCCGAGCCUGGAGAAGUGCGCAGCGCCCUCACAAUGGCCGAGGGUUCAUUCCUCGCCGCUCGCACCGGCAUCACAACGGUCACGGACUUCCGUGUCAGUGACCAGGCGGCCGGCCGUCAGGGUGCGCCGCUCAUCGCUUUCUUCGAUGCUUUGGUUCUGCACCACCCAACGAAGCUGCGUGCCUGUCAAAACAUUGGCGGUAUCGCCAACGUAUGUUUCAUCCCGCCCGACUCCCACGGCGGCAUCGAUGCCUGCUAUGACUUCGAUACCGGCCCAGGCAACGUGUUCAUUGAUGCUGUGGUUCGUCACUACACCAACGGCGAGCAAGAGUACGAUAAAAAUGGCGAGAUGGGCGCCCGCGGAAAAGUCGACCAGGAACUCGUGGACGACUUCCUCCAGAACCACCCAUACUUCCGCCUGGACCCGCCCAAGACCACUGGUCGUGAGGUUUUCCGGGACACCCUGGCGUUCGAAUUUAUCUCUAAAGCAGAGGCUAAGGGCCUCACUCCUGACGAUGUGGUUGCCAGUAUCACCCGCAUCACAGCUCAGGCAAUCGUGGACCACUACCGUCGCUAUGCGCCCAAAGACCUACACAUUGACGAGAUCUUCAUGUGUGGAGGUGGCGCGUACAACCCCAACAUCACAAAGUAUAUCCAAGAAAACUACCCGACCACGAAGAUCCUUAUGCUCGACGAGGCGGGCAUUCCUGCCGGAGCCAAAGAGGCCAUCACCUUCGCCUGGCAAGGUAUGGAGGCCAUUGUCGGCCGCUCCAUUCCCGUCCCAACCCGUGUCGAGACUCGCCAGGAAUACGUUCUGGGCAAGGUGUCGCCCGGCAAGAACUAUCGGAAAGUGAUGCGCCAAGGCAUGCUUUUCGGGGCCGGACGAGACCAUCUUUCCCCCGUCAACGAAAUGGUCAAUUAUGUUAACGGUAAAGUCUUUGAUAAUAAGUGGUGA